GCGCGACCGGAAGUGGCGCGCGCAGGGAGACGUGUCGCAGCGGCGGGACCGGAGCGAUGAUCACGGACGUGCAGCUCGCCAUCUUCGCCAACAUGCUGGGCGUCUCGCUCUUCCUGCUCGUCGUGCUGUACCACUACGUGGCCGUCAACAACCCCAAGAAGCAGGAGUGAGGAGCCCGUGAAACCGGCACCGCCAUGGCCCCGCAGGAGUGAGGAGCCCGUGAAACCGGCACCGCCAUGGCCCCGCCGCGCCGCUCCCGCCGCCCGUCCCUCCCUCCCGCGGGGCUGUCCCGGGAGGCGCCAGGCCGAGCUCCUUCCAAACCAGCUUUAACGGAAACACGAUGAUUCACGACAAAA